AUGGGUAAUGUACCAGACCAACACCAGGGUCCAGGACAAGAGACCGGGUCCAAGGACCAAGACGGAGACCAGGAGUUCAGCUGGAGUCCCAAGUCUAGUCCCUGUUCUAGCCCCGGGUCGGGCCCCGGGUCCGGUCCCCUGUGUGGGUGUGGUUCUGGGGGGGUCCCGUCUCUGGCCCGGUCCCGGCGGGUCUGGCGGUUGGUCCCUCACCUGGUCCUGGUCCUGUCCCUGGUUCUGUACGCGGCGCUGGGAGCCGUCGUCUUCUGGCUCAUCGAAGGAAGAGCCGAGUCCAACCCGACCGAGCCCCAGUACCAGAACUUCCUCCGAGACCUGGUCCGGACCGUCCAGAACCGCUCAGUGAACGCAUCGUGGUCGGAGGAGGACGUGGUGGCCGAGGUUCGGAAGAAGAUGGACACAGAUUUUCAGUCUGUUUGGCUCCAGAACCCAAAGAGAUGGAUCUUCACCAGCUCCAUGUUCUUCUGCUGCACCGUCUUCACCACCGUGGGUUACGGGGAGAUGUACCCGGUGACCCUGGCGGGGAAGGUGGCGUGUGUUCUUUAUGCGAUGGUCGGGGUUCCUCUGAUGCUCCUGGUCAUUCUGGACGUGGGCGACUUCUUGGCUCUGGUCAUGACUCGGGCGUACCAGCGCGUGCACCGGGUCUUCGGCGCCCUCCGCAGGCGCGGCUGGACCAAGUUCGCUCCGUGGAAAAGGCGGCGGAAAUCGUUGGACCUGGAGAUGAUCCGCACGCUGGAGGACGUGACGGUCGAACCCAACGACGUGGUGAUGAGUGGACCUCUGGACAUCAGGCAGGUUCUCCACUCUCAGGCGGGCGUACGUCAAAAGUCCAUCCAACUUCAGAACAACAGGGAGAUCUUCGAGAGGAUCUUGGCCCGUGAGCGUCUCCUGCGUAAAGGUCCUCUGAGCCGCAGCGUGUCGUGUCCGGAGCUGGAUCGUCUCCCCAGGUCCAAGAAACCCUUCGUCCUGUGGGACUACGGCGACCUGGGGAACGAGAUGGAGCGGCUGGACGUGCCCUUCGUCCUCAUCCUCUUCGCCGUCUUCGCGUACGUUCUGCUGGUGGGGCUGGUGCUGCCGCUGUGGGAGACGGAGCUCACGCUCUUCGACGCUUUUUACUUCUGCUUCAUCACCGUGACGACCAUCGGCUUCGGAGACAUCGUCCCCAAACACCCGAACUACUUCAUGCUCACGUCGCUCUUCAUCAUCUGUGGCAUGGCCAUCGUCUCCAUGGCCUUCAAACUCAGCCAGUCCAGGAUCGUCUGCGUCUACAGAAGGUGCAUCAAAUAUGUGAACCCACGAAAGGACGAGGGCUGCAGCGAGCACGACGACUGA